GACGCUUUCUGAAGAAGGAGGAAGUCACCUCCGAGACUGUCAAGCUGAAAGAUGGACAAACCAGAGAAGAACCAAACAUCUGAAGCAACAUCUAAUGACCACAAGACAAUGAACGCCUCUGGAAAGGACUCAGAAAAGCAGCCAAUCACAGCCUGUCUGGUGGGCGCAGCCUUCUUCGGUGCCUUGGGGUCAUCUUUUCUGUACGGCUACAACCUCUCGGUGGUCAACGCGCCUGCUGUGUUCAUAAAAGCCUUUUACAACAAAACGUGGAUGGAAAGAUAUGGACAGCCUAUUGGAGCAGAGACAGUCACCCUUCUGUGGUCCAUCACAGUCUCCAUAUUUGCUAUCGGAGGCCUUCUUGGAGCGUUCGCUGUCUCUGUAAUCAUCAAAGUCCUGGGAAGAAAGGGCACCUUGCUGCUGAAUAACGGCUUUGCAGUAAUAGCUGCUCUGCUGCUGUCCUUGGGGGAGAAGGCAGGAUCUUUUGAGAUGCUCAUCAUUGGCCGUCUCAUUAUGGGGGUGGACUCUGGUAUAGCUCUCAGCGCCCUCCCCAUGUACCUAGGAGAAAUUUCCCCACGGCACAUUCGAGGGUCCAUUGGCCAGUUUAACUCCAUCCUGAUCUGCAUGGGAGUGUUCACUGGACAGGUGCUGGGGCUGCCGGAGCUGCUGGGACAGGAGUCCAGGUGGAACUUCCUUUUUGCCUUCCUGGCGUUUCCUGCACUGCUGCAGCUGUGUGUGUUGCCCUUCCUCCCGGAGAGUCCGCGCUACCUGCUGAUGGAGAGGAGGGACGAGGCUGCAGCAGAGAAAGCCUUCCAGAGAUUCCUUGGAAAGAAGGAUGUGUCCAAGGAGCUGGAAGAGGUUCACGUGGAGCUCCGUGCCCAGAACAACCUGCAGACCAUCUCUCUGGUGCAGCUGGUGAAGAACCCGGCUCUUCGCUGGCAGCUCAUCACCGUCAUCAUCACUAUGGCCUGCUAUCAGCUCUGCGGCCUCAAUGCUAUCUGGUACUACACCAAUGGUAUCCUACAGGAGGCGGGCUUUCCUGACAACAUUGUCCCCUACAUAACACUGAGCACGGGGGGCAUCGAGACUUUGGCUGCCAUCAUCUCAGGCUUGGUGAUUGAACGGAUCGGGAGGAGGCCCCUUCUCAUUUUUGGUUUCUCUGCCAUGGCCGUGUGCUUCGGUCUUCUCACUCUGUUCAUCAAUUUACAGCACAAAGUGUCAUGGAUGCCCUACCUCAGUUACAUCUGUAUAUUGGCUGUGAUUGCCUCCUUCUGCUCUGGCCCAGGCGGGAUCCCGUUCGUCCUGACUGGGGAGCUGUUUGAGCAGUCCUACCGGCCUGCCGCCUUCAUGAUCGCUGGUACUGUGAACUGGCUGUCCAACUUCACAGUGGGCCUCCUGUUCCCAUUCAUUCAAGAGGCACUGCAGACAUAUGCCUUUCUGGUGUUUACGGUGGUCUGCGUUCUGGGAUCUAUCUACCUCUACGCCGUGCUGCCUGAGACCAAAAAUAAAACAUUCAUGGACAUCAGCCAGAGCUUUGCCAAGAUCAACAAAAUCCCUACCCCCUCCCCUCCCCAUGAAAUGGAGUUGGUUCUGUCCAUCAAGCCUAGCAAGGAAGUGACCAAUGGAAAAGUCACUCAUGUCGAGAUGGAGAGCUCCUUCUAACCGGAGGGAAGUACACUAAUUAUACAGAAGCACAGUGGUAAUGGUGAGGAAACCUAAAUACUUGGUAUUUGUACAUAUUUAUUUAAUGACUGAUCAGUGAGAUGAAAUGUAAUUAAUCACUUUUGGGGA